AUGACUAUCGGCCCGAAGCUAAAUGCUCAGGCUACUACUAAGCCUCUCGACCUGAGUCUUAUUAAGCGGAAAUAUGGUACCUGGAAGAAGAUAAAAUUGUUUCUUGGUCAGGUAGACGCAGCACGCCUGCCAGUGAGAGUAUCCAGAGAACUCAAAACUUUGGACGCGCAUCAAUUGCGAGAUUUGCUAGCCAAAGAAAGGGUUGCCCUUACCACCAACAAAAGAUCGACAAUCGUUUUCAUUGACUGUCAGCACGAAAAAAACAACGAAAAGUUUCAAAUUUCUGGCGCUAUUCAUAUGAACCUUUUGUCCCCCACUGGAGCCGUUCCCACAUUCAAAAGCGCUAUCACAAGCAAGUCCAAUGUGUUUAGCAAGAUCGGUGCAGCGGAUCUGGUAGUGUUCUAUUGCUCUCUGGCGGAGGAACGCUCUCCAACCAUGAUGGCUCUCUAUCAGGAUGCGGUACUAGUACCCAAAAAUCGACCACCGGGAUACAAUGAAGGCCAGGUCGUUCGGUUGCUGGCGGGUGGAAUAAGGGCCUACAAAGAACUUACAGAUGAAGUUAUUGAUGGCGUACCGGUCAGUGAUGACGUGCCUUUUCGUAAGCUCCCUACCUCUGGAUUAUCCCUUUGUGUUGGCGAUACUGACUAUAUUGUUCUUCAGUCGCCGCAUACAAAAACACUUGAGUAA